AAUAAAUUUAUUUACAAUUGUUAAGAAAAAUUAAACUCGGUUAAAAGUUUAGAUAAAUAAAGUGAUUUUCUCAAAGGUGUUGUUAACAGUGUGUGUGAAAAGGAAAAGCACACUUUGAGUGAAACAGUGAACAGACGAAAAUAUUAAAUAAAUUGAAAAAGUAAUUACUCGAAGUAUGAAAAUUCAUUCUCAUCAUUUCGUGGAAAGUGAUUGUUUUCAAAGAAAAUUUGGUACAAUUAACGAAAAUUCUAAUUAUGAUCUGCAAUCAAGAAUGAUUCAACACGAAUAUAGAAAAAUAUAUUCGCCAGUGACUAUGAUGAUGCCAUCCUCAGAUGCAAUUUGCCCACGUUGUCGACACGUAUUUCCAACAAUGACCUCAACACAAUCAUCAAAUACAAAAAAAGAAGAAUCCCCAUACAACACAAAUCCAUUUACAGAAUAUUCAUCAUUGCAACAUCAUUCACAUCAAAGUGAGGAUGACGAUGACCUUACUCCUACAUUUACAUCACCCUCAACGACAGCAGUACCAACUUCGUCGUUAACAACAUCAUCAUGUGUUAGUGAAACAGACAUACCACCAACACCCCCACCUCGAUUAAAACCAGUUUUAUAUGCAAAUAUUCCACCACCAAUAACUUCAACAACCCCCAGUACAAACACAAAACCAUAUGUAACAAUGAGUAACAUAAAUUUACAACCAAAUGGUUUUGUUACAUCUACGAAUCAACCAAAUUUUAUACCGUUAAGUUCACCAACAAAUAAUUAUCAACCUUCGAUAUUCACCUCAAAUCCAUUAAUUAAGCAGCCACCGCCUCCUAGUUUGUGUGAAGGAAUUAACGGUUUAACAAUAUCCAAUCCAACUAAUCGUGUUUAUCGACAAUUAAGUGGAGGUGGUUUAGUACAAGAUAGUCAAAAUAAUGGUAUUCGAAUUCAUGAAGCACAACCCAUGCAUCAAAUGUCUGGAGGUGGUUUAAUCAAUACUAGAAUUGAUGAUUUUCUUCAUGAAUCAUCCACAGCAUCAUUAUCACUGCCAUCAUUACGAAAUGAUACAAAAUCAACAAAAUUAUUAAUAUCAACAACAGAAAUAACAUCUCCAUCGAGCACCUCGAUUUCAAUAUCACCAUUAAGUACAUCAUCUAACAUAUCAAUUCUAGUUCCUACAUCAUUAAAUACAUCAUUAGAAAUAUCACCAAAUUCAAUAAAUAUCACAGUACCACGUGUAACAACGCCUACUAAAAACAAUAAUUCCAUAUUUCAAGCUCCAAUUAGAAGAAAUACAUCUCAACGGCAAACGCGAAGAAUACGUAAUGGCAUUGAAAAUAAUCAACAAAUAUUUUUCCCAACAACAAUUUCACCAGAAUAUUUAUUACAAUUAAAUAAAUUAACAUCACCACCCCCUCAACCAAUUGUAGUAGAUGAUAUGAAAUGUUUAUCACAGACUGUAAAUCGUUUAAAAGAAUCCGGUUGGUUUCAUGAGGGUUUAAGUUGGAAUGAUAGUGAAACGUUAUUAACCGGUACCGCAAAUGGUACGUUUGUUGUACGUGAAUCAUCAAAUCCAAAUUUUUUAUUUGCAAUUACUGUACAAACAAAACAAGAACCAACAUCUGUGCGUAUUCAGUAUGAUAAUGGACAUUUUCGUCUUGAUUGUGUAUCACAUGUUACUCCAAUAGUGCCUCAAUUUGAUUGUGUUGUUGAUUUGAUUGAAUAUUACGUUACAAAACAUAAUUCAACAACAUCCAAAUUGAAUAGUAAUUUAAUUAAUAAUAAUAAUAUAAAUAAUAAAAAUAAUAAUAAUAAUAAUAAUUUUCUUGGUAAUCAAGUAUUUGUUGAUGAAAAUGGUCAAAUCAAUUCAAUUGUAUCAUUAAAUAAACCAUUACGUAGUACUGUUCCUAGUUUAACACAUUGUGCAAGACUUGCAAUCAAUAAACAAUUACGUUCAUGUCAAACUUAUUCUAAAUAUGAACUUGCAAAUAUAUUAGAUAAUUUAGAAUUACCAAAAUCAUUAAAAAUAUAUUUAUUCCGCAAUGGUAGUGAUUACACUAUCGAAAUUUCAACUGUCUAA